AUGGGGGUGCUCGGUGUCGGCCCCGCAGCCAUGCCCUCCAGCAGCUCCCGCCCCCCCGCGUGCCUAGCCCUGGUGGCCCUCUCCGCCGCGCUGUCGCUCCAUCUCUCCCUGGGCUCCCAAGCUGCAGCCAGGAGGCCCUCGCCUGUAGCCAGAGCGCCAGGGCUGAAGGCAAAGACGCUGAUCCUCCUUGAUGUGAGCACCAAGAGCCCAGUGAGGACAGUGAAUGAAAACUUCCUCUCUCUGCAGCUGGACCCGUCCAUCAUCCACGAUGGCUGGCUCGAUUUCUUAAGCUCCAAGCGCCUGGUGACCUUGGCCCGGGGACUAUCGCCUGCCUUUCUGCGCUUUGGGGGCAAGAGGACGGAUUUCCUACAGUUCCAGAAUCUGAGAAACCCUGCGAAAAGCCGAGGGGGGCCUGGCCCAGAUUACUAUCUCAAAAACUAUGAGGAUGACAUUGUUCGAAGUGACGUUGCCUUGGAUAAACAGAAGGGCUGCAAGAUUGCCCAGCAUCCCGAUGUGAUGUUGGAGCUCCAGAGGGAGAAGGCCGCUCAGAUGCACCUCGUUCUUCUCAAGGAGCAAUUCUCCAACACCUACAGUAACCUCAUAUUAACAGCCAGGUCUCUAGACAAACUGUAUAACUUUGCUGAUUGUUCUGGGCUCCACCUGAUAUUCGCGCUAAACGCGCUGCGUCGUAAUCCCAAUAACUCCUGGAACAGCUCCAGUGCCCUGAGUCUGUUGAAGUACAGCGCCAGCAAGAAAUACAACAUUUCUUGGGAACUGGGGAAUGAGCCAAAUAACUAUCGAACUAUGCAUGGCCGGGCAGUAAAUGGCAGCCAGUUGGGAAAGGAUUACAUCCAGCUGAAGAGCCUGUUGCAGCCCAUCCGGAUUUACUCCAGAGCCAGCUUGUAUGGUCCUAAUAUUGGGCGGCCCAGGAAGAACGUAAUCGCCCUUCUUGAUGGAUUCAUGAAGGUGGCCGGAAACGCAGUGGAUGCAGUUACCUGGCAACAUUGCUACAUUGAUGGCCAUGUGGUCAAGGUGAUGGACUUCCUGAAAACUCGUCUGUUAGACACACUCUCUGACCAGAUUAGGAAAAUUCAGAAAGUGGUUAACACAUACACCCCCGGAAAGAAGAUUUGGCUUGAAGGUGUGGUGACCACCUCAGCUGGAGGCACAAACAACCUGUCUGAUUCCUACGCCGCGGGCUUCCUAUGGUUGAACACUUUAGGAAUGCUGGCCAAUCAGGGCAUCGAUGUUGUGAUACGGCACUCAUUUUUUGACCAUGGAUUCAAUCACCUCGUGGACCAGAAUUUUAACCCGUUACCAGAUUACUGGCUCUCUCUCCUUUACAAGCGCUUGAUUGGCCCCAAAGUCUUGGCUGUGCACGUGGCUGGGCUCCAGCGGAAACCCCGGCCUGGCCGAGUGAUCCGGGACAAGCUAAGGAUCUAUGCUCACUGCACAAACCACCACAACCACCAUUACGUCCGUGGAUCCAUCACACUUUUUAUCAUCAAUCUACACCGAUCGAGAAAGAAAAUCAAACUGGCCGGCACCCUCAGAGACAAGCUGGUGCACCAGUAUCUGCUGCAACCCUACGGACAGGAGGGCCUGAAGUCCAAGUCAGUGCAGCUGAACGGCCAGCCUUUAGUGAUGGUGGACGAUGGGACCCUUCCAGAACUGAAGCCCCGCCCCCUGCGGGCUGGCCGGACACUGGUCAUCCCUCCAGUCACCAUGGGCUUUUAUGUGGUCAAGAACGUCAAUGCUUUGGCCUGCCGCUACCGAUAAGCCGCCCUCACACCCACUAUCCACCCGGGGCUGGCUGGACCGCUUUCCACUUUUCCGCCCUCUUACCGCCCUUCCUUUUCAGACCCCUUCUUAGCAGCAUCUGCCCAUCCUGCUGGGAUCCACAGACUUGCCCUCCUAAGAGACUAACUAUCGUAGUGCAAGCUUAGCCUAGGUAGGUCACGUCCAUCCACAUCGUCUCCGCCUGCAAACGGAUGAAGGUAUGUGGGCAGAACCUCCCCGAGCCACAUGCAUGCACCACGAGGACGACCUGGCACUGCCCACAUCUCUCCAACCCCUCUCCCUGGUCCUGGCCGUGCAAGCCCAACCACUGCCUCUGGGCGCCGGAGGGGGCCAGGGCCAACCCAGGUGGGCCCGCGAGAGGCCAACCCUCUUCCUCUGCCUGUGUUCUGCUGCUGCCCCGAGUUUCCGAUCACCUCUGGGUCACAAGGGGCGCCGGUGGGUGAGUCGGUGCGGUCCUGCUGGGUGAGCUGUGGAUGUAAUUUCCUGGCUGAUGGAUGAGUGUGUGCAUCUGGGUUUCUGACAGUGGUAUCAAUCACCUCAGUCCUCCGGGAAGCGAGUGCUUCGAAAGUAAAAUUACAGUCCUACCGUGGAUUGUAUAAAGAAGGUUCUAUUCCUCCGCGAAUCCAGAUGCCCCCUUGGGGCAUGGGGGAUGGGAGGCAGGUAACACGAUUCAGGAAGUGGAGAGCAAGACAUUAAGCACCUCUAAAAGCUAUCCUCCUCCUCCACGCUGCUCUGAGAAUGGAAGUUCUAGUACAAAGAGGGGAAAGAAAACGCACACACGCUCCCCAGCCAAACAAAGCAAAUCAGACGUGUCCCCAAAUCAAGACACCCUUAGAGCCUCGCUAGGGUCCAUGCGGUGUGGCUUCCGAGGUCAGAAUCACCCGGUGGCCUCUUCCCAGGGAGCUGUGUGUCUCUGGAAGCCAAGCAGCAAAUCGCGGUCACGUGUGGUCAUGAAAGCUGGCCGGGCUCAUCUUUGCCACCCAGGUUUGCAGAGAGCAGGGUGGUCCGUUCACCCCUCUGGAGCAGGAGGGGGCUUGGAGACCGAGGAGCGGGGGCACACGUGUGGCGUUCCCAGCCUGCGGUGGCCAGCCCGCUGUGACUGCUGCAGGUUUGUCUCCGCGGGCCCGGCAGGGGGCAGAGGAGAGAGCAGGGCAGGUGGGCCGUGAGUUCCAGAGGAGAGCUUGGUGGACCUCCACCACAAGUCACCACUGAAUUGGCUAUCUUCUCCGGGGACAGGCGCACUAUGAAAAGGCAGGCCAUGGAGGCCAUGACGCGUCUGCUGGGGUCCAGUGAAGAUGGAGACUGUGAAGGACAGACAGAAGUGAGACAGAGGGGCACCUGGCUGAGGCCAAAGGCUGGGGGGCUACCUUAAGAGGCCAGGGGUUAAGGGUUAGGGUGCAGUCUGCAAAGUGAGUGGUGAGGCAGGAAGCCUGAGAAGGUUUGUGAGAGAAGACGUGUCCCAGCUCAGCCUGGGAAGGUGAGCGAGGAAAGCCGACAGGCUAACGUGGUGUGCCAGGCAGACCGUGGGCUAGCGUUGGGACUUGUCACUUAUGUAGUAGGAGUGGGACCAUGGCAGGCGUUGGGUGGUGGGAGUGAGAACAUGGGGGACCACCGGGCUGGGUCUGGCCUCUGACGUGCUUUGCAUGGAAGCUGCUAGAGAGAAAGAAGCAGAUCCCAAAGGGCCGCCUAGUCUGUCGAUCCAGGCACCUCCGGUGGAAGCCUCCCCUCUGAGAAUGUGACACAAGAGAAGCUGCCAAGACCAGGGGGUUAGAUCGGAGAGAGCAAACACAAACUGAGGGGGAGAGAGGGGAAGAGGGCCCCCAAACGAAAUGGUUUCCCAAACUUCUUAAAGUGGAUACAGGCACAAGUGUAUGGAAAGCUCUUCCAGGUACCAGUGCAGGUGUGGCUGCAGGGCCCGUGGUCAUCACCAAGGUCACCUGGAAAGACCUUGCCCAGGACCACCCAGGGGAAUGGGGUGGGAGCUCUGAGUACUCCAGAGACGGCCACUGCUGCCCGGCCCCUGCACUGCUUCACCAGACCCUGCCUGGAAUCCUGCCAGAGCCGCUCUUCCGUCCUUGUUCUGCCCGAUCAGAUACCGGCUGGAAUGAAAGCAACUCGUCUGGAAAAAAGACCAAAACAACUUUUUUAUUAAUCGGGAGUUACUACAUGGAUCAUAUCAUUCCAUCGUUCAGUCCCAUCCAGCAGAAAUGUACAAUUGCCACCACAGUCCGUUUCCAGCCCUUCAUGGAGAGGGUGCUGAGGCAAGGCCAGCCAGUCACCUCUCCGCAGGCUCCACUCCUGCGGGACAGCAGGGGACACUCCCCGGGAAGGAGGUGCUGGCUCCUCACUGCGCUGCUACCCUCGUGGAAUACCGGUGGUUCCUGCUUCCUUCGUCCUUCUCUGUACAUUAAAUGCUGCU